UAGACAAUUAAAAUGAAAAUAUUAUUAAAAACUUUAGUGUUAUAUUUUUUAAUGAUACUUGAGUUUGAUAAUUGUGUUGGAUAUAGGAUCCUUGCUUUUUUUCCAUUAAAUGUAAGAAGUCAUUUUAUGAUGUUUGAGAGAUUAGCUAAAGGUCUUGCUAGACGUGGUCAUCAAGUGGAUGUUGUUAGUCCUUAUCCACUUGUUACGCCAAUGAAAAAUUAUACUGAUAUUACUGUUGAACCUCUGGUUACUGAAAAUAUUAAUGAUUUUAGUUAUAAUCACUUUUAUCAGUACAAUAAUAUAAUGCAAUUUGAAAUGUAUGCAACUCAGAUAGGUAAUGACGUUUGUGAUAGUAUUUUAAAAAAUUCUAAAAUUAAAAAUAUCAUUAAUAAUCCACCAACAAAUCCACCGUAUGAUUUAUUCAUCAUGGAAGUAUGCAUAGAUAUUUAUUAUUUUAUUUAUUGAAUUAUUUAUUAAUUAUUAUAAAUCUGUAUUGAUAAUUUCAUUGA